CUUUGCAAGCUAGCUCGGAAGAUCAGAUUGAAGCAAGUCCUUCAAAAACCACAAUACUAACCGAGCAACUCUGGGUGGAAAAGUAUGCUCCAAGCUCAUUUACAGAACUUCUUAGUAAUGAGCACACAAAUAGAGAGGUUCUAAUGUGGUUGAAACAGUGGGAUUCAUGUGUUUAUGGAUCUGAAAUAAAGAGUACAACCGAUAAUGUCUUGACUGCUUUGCGACGUCAUUCAUCUGUUAAGCGCCCACAUUUUUUUGGGCGUAAGACUAAUGGAAUCAACAGAGGAUCUAUAUUCACCAAAGACAGGUCUCAUAAUCUUCCAUUUCAAGCAAAGGGUGAAUCGAAUGAUUUCAAGGGUGUAGGGGACAAGAAAUCUAGAAAUUCUGGUCCACCAGAACACAAGAUUCUUCUACUCUGUGGUCCUCCUGGGCUUGGGAAAACAACACUUGCUCAUGUCGCUGCUCGGCAUUGUGGAUACCGAGUAGUUGAGAUUAAUGCAAGUGAUGACAGGUCAUCAUCAACGAUAGAAGCCAAGAUUCUGGAUAGUAUCCAGAUGAACUCUGUCUUUGCUGAUUCAAAACCCAAAUGUUUGGUUAUUGAUGAAAUUGAUGGUGCUCUUAAUGAUGGAAAAGGUGCAGUAGAUGUCAUUUUAAAGUUGGUGUCUGCAGAAAGAAAAUCUUCUUCUGAAAAAGAAAAUGAUCCUCAAGGGGAACAUGCUGUACGGAAGCCCUCAAAAAAGAAGGAAAAGGCCACAUCUUUGCUAAGGCCUGUGAUAUGCAUAUGCAAUGAUCUUUAUGCUCCUGCCUUGAGGCCAUUGCGCCAGGUGGCAAAGGUUCAUGUAUUUGUGCAACCAACUGUCACUCGUGUCGUAAACAGGCUCAAGUAUAUAUGCAAUAAAGAAGGUGUGAAGACUAGCUCCGUUGGUCUUACUGCUCUAGUGGAGUUUGCGGAAUGUGAUAUACGUUCGUGCUUAAACACCCUUCAGUUUCUCAACAAAAGGAAGGAGACCCUCAAUGUGUUGGAGCUUGGUUCUCAAGUAGUAGGCAGGAAGGAUGCAACAAGAAGCGCUUUUGACAUAUGGAAAGAGAUUUUCCAUAAGAGGAAGGCAAAAAAUGAGAAGAAAUACAAUAGUUCUUUCCGCCAAACCUCCAAUGAUUUUGAAUCCCUUCACUCUUUCAUAUCUAAUAGGGGUGACUUUGAUUUAAUGUUUGAUGGAAUCCAUGAGAACAUUUUGCAUCUCCGAUACAAUGAUCCUUUGAUGCAAAAAAGUGUCAAGUCCUUGGAUAUUCUUGGUGAUUCUGACAUAAUUCAUGAAAACAUUAUGCGCACACAACACAUGCCCCUUCUAGCUUAUCAGCCUUCACUUGCAAUCUCUAUACAUGGCAUAGUUGCUCAGGUUGAUAGGCCGAACAUUGAAUGGCCCAAGUCAUUUCACAGAUGUCGGACUUCGAAAAUAGAAAAGAAGGAAACGUUCCAUUUGUGGCACAACAAGAUGACACCUUUCAUAUCUAGACAUCUUUCAACUAAAUCUUUUGUGGAAGACUUGAUAUCUCCUUUGUUACAUAUUCUAUCGCCGCCAACACUAAAACCGGUAGCCUUGCAUUUAUUGUCAGAAAAAGACAAGAGAGAUUUUGCACAGUUGGUGGAUACAAUGGUAUCAUAUGAAAUAACUUAUAAGAACAUGAAAUCUGAUCCUUCAUCAGCAGCCAUGAAACUUGAGCAUGCUUUAGAUUCAUCAAAGCUUUCUUUUGAACCUCCUGUUGAUGGAUUCAUAAACUUCAAGGGCUAUGUUUCAUGUCAUUUUGUUCUUGCUUCUGCUGUGAAGUCAAUCUUGGUACAUGAGGUUGAAAAGCAAAAGAUUUUGCAAAGUAGCAGAAACCAACCGAGACUCCCCACGGAUUCUUAUACUGAAGAAAACCAUCUGCCAGUCAAAAAUAAGAAUAACUAUACACUUUCUUCCAAGUUUUGCUCUACAACCACAUCUUCUGACAAACAUCCUAGUAUACAACGCCCUCCUAUUCAAAAGACAAGUGAGAUAUCUACAUCUUCUGGUUCUUCAGCUACAGGAGUUAAUGUAGUUUCUGCAGCUAAAGGGAGUUCUGAAAAAAAGAAACCUACAGGAGGAUCUUUCAAUUUUUUUGACAGGUUCAAAAAGAUGAGUGGCAAAGGAUCUCAGCACAUGAAUGCCCCUAAUCAAGGACAGGUUGAGAGGGAUGCACGCCCCAUAUUGUUUAAGUUUAAUGAGGGUUUCACAAAUGCAGUCAAGAGACCUGUCCGAAUACGAGAGUUUCUUAUCUGAUUUCAGUUUUUUUAAAAGCAAACAUUUUAAUCAUCCCAGAGAGAACUGGGAUUAACAUUAUGAAUGACAUUUAAAUGUCUGCUGCAAAAGGUCAUCGGUAUCAGAAGGUGUGAAUGGGAAGGCGUGGUGAAAGUUUGGGUGCAUGAGUGUAUCGCUACAUCCUCAAAACCAUAUUUAUCAAAAUGCAAGUUAUAAAGGUUAACAAAUGGAAGAUACGAAGCAAAACAAUUUGUAGUAGUGUUGUUUCUCAGAAAUCUGUGCUUCACUUUUGCUCCAUAUUUCCAACCUUCCCAGUAGUCUUUUGCCAAAUGUGUACAUACAAGGCUGACAUUGGAUUAGCAGAUUUGUACACUAGUGUUUGUGCUAUACAUAUAUCAAAUUCAUCAAAACUCUUCUGAUGAAAUCUCAAAAAGAAUAAAUGAUCUACUAAUGC